AUGGGGGAGGAGAGGUGGACGCCAGCCAUUGCCGAAGCAAAAACUCUCCUUAUGGGCCUUCAAGUUGCUGUGGAAUUUCACCCUUCUGUUGGAGGAACUACUCUAGAUUUACAUCGCCUGUUUGUAGAGGUUACGUCUCGUGGUGGUCUUGACCAGGUGAGGGUGAGUGAGAGUGAGAGGAGUAGGGUGGUUUUUGGGUUUGGGUCUGGGUGUGGGUGUGGAUUAGAUUGGGGUUUCAGUGAUGGUGCUAAUGAUGUAAGCAAUGAAGUUAAUGUUGAUGUGGAGAAGGGUGGAAAGAAGGGAGGUGGUGUAGAGGAGGCUGCAGUAAAGGAGGUUGCACUAAAGAAUGGUGUUGUUAAGGAAGCUGCAGUAAAGGAGGGUGCAGUAAAGAAGGGUGCAGUAAAGGAGGCUGCAGUAAAGAAGGGUGCAGUGAAGGAGGCUGUAGUAAAGAAGGGUGCAGUGAAGGAGGCUGCAGUAAAGAAGGGUGCAGUGAAUGAGGAUAAAAGUGAGGAUGAGGGUUCUCGGCAGGAUGGAGGUGAUGAUGAGGAGGGUUCAGAAGAAGGUGGAGGUGAUGAUGAUGAGGGUUCAGAAGAGGGUGGAGGUGAUGAUGAGGAGGGUUUUGUACAGGAUGGAGGUGAUGAUGAGGAGAGUUCAGAAGAGGGUGGGGGUGAUGAUGAGGAGGGUUCUAAAUAG